AUUUAGCUGCUGCAGAUGUUGACUUGGUGAUUUCUUACAGUUUCCUUUAUAAAACACCGGUAAACCUGUAUUGACACCAUCCUCACGCACUGCUUAAGAUCAGCUUAGUCUUCUAUUUAGAUCGCUACAAAGUCAUCUUGUCGUGGCCUGCAGGUCAGCGGUUAGGACCAGGCAGCUCCCUCCCGUCCACGCCUCCCAACUGCCACCACAGACUGAGAAACAGGAAGUCAUGUGGAGUGAUAAUCAGUAGAGCGGGCAUGAGACCGAAAGAGAGAGAAACAGAGUGAGCAUGGGAUCAGGAGCAGAGAAGUGAAGUUUCAGGUGGACAAACAGACAGAGCACCUUACGCCCCCACAGAGCCCUGUAACCAAUGGCAACCUCAGUCCAGACUCUUCCUCUGACCCGUGGCCCCAACAAAAACUACCGCAACCCGUUGCCCCUCUCGUCCCGCUGCGGCAUGGGAAGUGUCGGCAGCUUGGUGGAGAGGCCAGACGUGUCUCCGACUAAAGGCAGCCGAGCAGUACCGCAGGUGAGACCCAAACAGACCAACGGCCUCCUGAAAAAAGGCUUCACCCAAAGAGAGCUACUCAACUACCUCAACAUCACCAGAAAAGAGCUAAAAGCAAGCGCGAGCAGUGACGGUAAGAAGGACGUUAUCCCCGGCCUCAGCUCUGCCAGCGGCUGUGAGGAGGACAACUUAUACGCCAAGGUCUACAAUAAAGACGGCACCGAAGUAGAUCUGACAAAGAACUCACUGCCAAGUGGGGGCAAGUACGAAAAGGCUCGUUUAAGGUCCGCCUUCAAGCCCGUCACCCCCAAAAAUUUCAGCUCCAUGCAAAACCUCUAUCCCUCUUACAAGUCGGAGGAUGUGGACCACGGCCUCUCCAACGGGCUGCACAAAGCCUACGCCCAUGUCCCCAAAGCUGUCUCCACCUCUUCCUCCUCUUCCUCACCCUCCCGUCACGGAGCACCGACAUCCAGUGGUAACAAGGCCCUCUCCUCGGUGCGUGGGAUGAGCCAGGAGGAUGAUAACCUGUCAGACUCAGGCCAUAACUCCAUGAACAGCCUGCCACCGUACCGGCCUCCCUUCCGCCCACACCUGUCUCACAUCAGUGCGUCUAUGGGCCACAUCAACACCAUCGGCUCCCUGGACCGCACCUCUCUGGGCCAGAAGGCUGCAGGAGCAGGGGGCGUGGCUAUAGGAGAGAUGGCGUGUCGGAGCAUGGCGACUCUUAGCCGUCUGGCUCCAUAUGGAGGGGAGGCUCCACCUCCUUAUGAAUGGACACUCUCCCUGUCUGUAGAGGAGGUGGUCCGGGAUCUUGAGGAGCGCCUGGUGGAGAAAGAGCAUGAGCUGAAACAGAUGAAAAGAAACCUGGAUGAGAGCGAGGGCGCCAUCGCUCAGGUGUUUGAAGGGAAACAGCGUCUGUGGGAGAAGGAGGUGGAUGAGCUGAAACACCUGUAUGCCAUCAAGCUGCGUCAGGUUUCCCAGCAUGCCCAGCGCUCCCAGCGCAGCCUGCAGUUGCAGCUGUUCAAGGCCCAGCAGGAGAAGAGCCGACUGCAAGAGGAGCUCGACAACCUGAAUAAGGAAAGGAGCCAGGAGGCUGGAGUCAUGGUGAAGCGAACCAGUCCCACUCUGGAGGAGACGCAGUGGGAGGUUUGCCAGAAGUCAGGAGAGAUCUCCCUGUUGAAGCAGCAGCUGAGGGACUCCCAGGCGGAGGUGACCCAGAAGCUGAGUGAUAUCUUCCAGCUGAAGACGCAGCUCAGGGAGACCUGCACAGAUAUGCGCAACAGGGAGGGCCAGAUAGACGCACUGAAGCUCGUCCUGCAGGGGACACAGCGUCGCAGAUGCUCCUCUCAGACUGCACACGAGGAUGGAAAAGGAGCUGAAGAGAGUCCUCCAGCCGGGGCUACAGGAGGCUGCGGGGGCCCCACGGAGGAGCGUCUGCGCGCAGAGCUCCUGCUGGAGCGACGCCAGAGCGAGGCCCAGGCCACGGCUUUCGAGGAGGAGAGGCGGACAUGGCAGACAGAGAAGGACAAGGUCAUCCGCUACCAGAAGGAGCUGCAGGCCAGCUACUUAGAGAUGUACCACCGCAAUGAAGUGCUGGAGAGGGAAGUGCACCAGCUGAGGGCGGGCGGAGAGCGAGGAGGAGGGAGCAGAAAUGGGACACUGGAAAGAGAAGUGCCAGAGCUGAGGAGUGAGAGAGCGAGUGAAAAACAAGACGACAGACCUUCCUCUGGUUUGCCAUGGAUAGAGAGAAUUGAAUCGUCUGAGAUUUAAAUGUGAGACUUGACCGGUAUUUGCAAUGCAAACUGUUUUCUCCUUCAAGUUUGGUUCUACGGAAGCCUAUGUCUGCCAGAGAAGGAAAAAAAAAAAGACUUACAAAAUUGAAAUGACCAGAUAGUAAGUCAGAAUUAUGAGAUAUUUUUUUACUUAGUAAGAAAAAAUUGUAAGAACUAAGUUUUAAUCCAAGUCAGAAUUCUUAAAGAUACCAAGUUAGUAGUUAUGAGUACAUAAUUUACAUUUUGAAUUACCAAGUCAAAAUGCUUUAUUAAACAAAUUUCUUAAAGGAGCAGUGUGUAGGAUUUAGUGGCAUCUAGUGGUGAGGUUGCAGAUUGCAACCAACGUAAUACUCCUCUGCUCACCCCUCGCUUUUCAAGCGUGUCAGAAAACUACGGUGGCCUUCAGGUAACGUAAAAACGCCAGUGUUUCGUUUGUCGGUUCUGGGCUACUGUAGAAACAUGGCCUAUGUCAAGAUUUUGAUCUACUAUGUAAAAAUUAUCAGAUACUACGUGAACAAUUUGCAACAUUAAGUUAAGACUGAGAUAAUACUAUCUCAAAAGUUUGACUUAUUAUCUCAUCAUUUUGACUUUGAGUAUUUUUUUAUUUGUAUCAUGCAUAACUUUUCAUCUACUUUUUUUCUUCUCCUGGAGAAAAUUGGCUUCCAUAGCUUCCUGUCCGUUUGCCAUUCUCUGCCCAUGCAACCCUGUUGAUCCUUUAAUGCCCUGAUCCUGCAAAGACUGGACAAAUAACCUCCUCCAGAACACACUAAUGCUGCACAGAAAUACUGUCUGUGCCUCGUCUGUCCUUGGCAGAAGAGUCGUGUCAGCUCUGUAAAAAUACAGCCAAACGCCCAGACUGUCCUGCUUCAGACGUCUGUCCAAUUAUAAACCUGUAAAUGAGCUAAUUGAUAUCCUUACUGAUAUAUUUUGUGUUCAUUUGGUAGUUACCUUUCAGUUUGGACUGCUGUAUAGUCUUGACAGUGACCAAAGGAUUCAAAGGGAUUUAGUGUGGCCCGGUAACAUCUCAGCACCUGUUCUGUCUGUGCAGAAGGUUCUGUGGAUUCAGGGUUCACCUGGGUUCUGUGAGUAGAGCUGCAUCUCUGGGUUAAGUAUCGGGGAUUAAAGCGUUCUGGUGCCAAGGUACUAAUGCUAUCAAGAAAACUGUGUACCAUACUUAAGAAACUGGAAAUGUUGGACUUCUCAGUCUGUCAGGUUAGGUGAGAUCUAUAUAUUUUGUACAUAAUGUCAUUUUGAUUUUGCCUUUUGUCAUGGUAUUUCAAGCACACUGAUGUCUUAAAUGGGCAUAUUUCCACAUCUUUUGAUUGCGUUGAAAGCGAUAUUAGGAUGCUGAACAUAACUGCCCUGCUUAUUGGUGCACAUACCCAGCCAAUAAUAAGUAAAUGCAUGACAUGGGUGAAGUCUUGUAUUGUUUAUUAUUAAUAUAUGAACAUUCAAACGCCAGCUCUCAACUGACCUUCCAACAUACUGUGACUCCUGUCUAUUUACUGGAAUUAAAACUGUACAGUAAAAAAUAUAUAUAUGUUUGUUUUGGAUUCAUAAUAAACAUUUAUGAGGUGGUGUAAAAGCCA